UGCCUAGGUAUUCUUUUUAAGGGGUAUUUGUAUCCAAUGCAAUGUUGUUUUGGAUUGUCUUUCAGUAGAAUAGCCUGAAACCUUCAUUUGCUAAGCUUGUGAGCUGAGUAGAAUAGCCUGAAACCUUCAUUUGCUAAGCUUGUGAGCUGAAUUCACUGAGACCAACUCUCCUCUUUUUGGUUCCUUUGUGAAAUUGUAUCAAAUGCAAUGUUUUGAUUUGUUCUCCUGAAACAUUGCCUGAAAUCUUAGCUUACUGAGUUUAUGAACUACAUCAGAUGCAAGAGUGCGGCUAAAAAAGAGAAAGGAUUUAAUCAAAAUGGCAGCAAUUUACAGCCUUUACAUCAUCAAUAAAUCAGGAGGGCUUAUUUUCUACAAGGAUUAUGGUUCUGCUGGAAGAAUGGACACAAAUGAUACUUUGAGAUUGGCAAGUUUAUGGCAUUCGAUGCACGCAAUCUCUCAGCAGCUGUCCCCGAUUCCUGGUUGCUCCGGCAUUGAACUCCUUCAAGCUGAUACUUUCGAUCUGAAUUGCUUCCAAUCUCUUACUGACAUUGUAAUUGCAGGGACAAAAGUUUUUGUGGUCAGUGAACCUGGAACUCUGCAUAUGGAAUAUCUCUUGAAGUACGUUUACGAAUUAUACACUGAUUAUGUCUUGAAGAACCCCUUCUAUGAAAUGGAAAUGCCAAUCCGGUGUGAACUCUUCGACAUAAAUUUAACACAGGCAGUUCAGAAAGAUCGGGUUGCCUUAUUGGGCAGAUGAACUUCUGAAGCUCAUAUGACACAUGUUGUUAGCCUAUGAUUCUGUAAAUUUUUCCGGAUAAGUUCCAUUAGAUACAUGUGCAAUGUGUGUUUCUUUAUUGUUCUGGAAUAAAUAGUAUACAUGGUAAAUCA